AAAAGUUGUGGGUGAAGUAGGUUCAUGAAAGAGGCAUGCUUGUUCUUUUCUACAUCAAACCAGCUUAUUGCUCGAUUUAGAGAUGCUCGGAAUAUCAAGGAUAUAGGGAAGAAACUAGAAUCCAUUGCAAGAGACCAUGCUCGGUUUGGUAGCAUUGUUAGUGAACUACCUGCACACCAAACACAGGCAGGAAGUGUUCAAGCAGCUGGGUCUCAAAUUAUCUCUGAUGUAGUCAUUGGGAGAGACGUAGAAAGAAACACCAUCAUAAGCAUGCUUUCUGACAUUUUCAUUUCUUCAGAGACCCUCUCUGUUGCAUCAAUUGUUGGGAUUGGUGGAGUUGGGAAAACGACAUUGGCUCGCUAUGUGUAUCGUGAUGAAAGGGUGAAAUGCUGUUUUGAUGUUCGGUUUUGGGUUGAUGCAACUAAGGGAUUUUGUGUUGAAGAGGUGCUGGAGAAGAUUUUAGCAUCUGCUAUGGAUGAAAUGCCUCGCAGGUGUGGUAUAGAUCAGUUGUACCAUCACUUCCUUGAAGCAAUUGCUGGAAAGAAGUUUCUGCUUGUUCUGGAUAAUAUUUGGGACAAUGGAGCUUUGAGGCUAAUUUGGAUAGAAUUAAAGAAAUUGCUAGCAGUUGGUGCCUAUGGGAGUAAACUUCUCAUUACCACACGCGAUCAGAAAGUUGCUGCAACAAUGGACUCCACCAGUCCUUACAUGCUGGGGGAUUUAACAGAAGACGACUCUUGGCUACUCUUUAAACAGAUUGCUUUUACACAGUUACAAGAGCCGGGUGUGAAGGCUAUUGGGAAAGAGAUUGCAAAGAUGUGUCCUAAUGUGCCUCUUGUUAUAAGGAGUAUUGGCGGCCUUUUAGCAGGAAAAAUUACAAAGAAGGAAUGGGAGGCCUUUAGAAAUGAUCAGCUUGCAAAUUUCUCUACCUAUGGGCGUGACAUUAUGCAUACACUUAAAUUUAGCUACGACCAACUAGAUGCAAAGAUGAAGCUUUGUGUUGCUUACUGUUCUUUAUUUCCGAAGGGGUUUGAAUAUGAUAAAGAUGAAAUGAUUCGUCUCUGGAUUUGUUUGGGUUACGUAGAGCCACAAUAUAAGAACCAAAGCUUGGAAGAAGCAGGGGAAGAAUAUAUUCUCAGCUUGCUAAACUGUGGUUUUUUCCAGAGAAGUUGUGGCUUAAAGAUGCAUGAUGUGAUGCAUGAUGCUGUUGUCAUGCUUGCAGGACACAAGUAUAAGAUGGUUGAUUCAAACACUGUAGAAUUUGAUGAAAGAGUUCAUCAUGUGUCUGUUGGCAAUGUGGUGGACUCAUCAUGGGAUGUCCUUUCCUCGCUCUCUAAAAUUAAAUACCUCGAGUCCUUCCUUGUUGUAUCUAGGGAAACAAACUUAACAGCGAGGAACUGGUUCAUCUAUCAUAAAGUAAUGCUUUCAAGGUUUCAGUGUUUGAAGAUAUUGGACCUACACGGGAUAUGGAUAAAGAAGUUACCAAAAUCGCUAGGUGAGCUAAUUUGCUUGCGACAUCUUGACUUGUCAGAGACUGCUAUAGUGAAACUACCUAACUCAGUUGUGCAGCUGGUGAAUCUACUAUCACUUCAAUUGUAUUCGUGUAUUAACCUUCAAGAGUUGCCGAAGGACAUGAGCAACUUGGUCAAGCUUAGACAUCUUCAGUUAAGUGAGUGUUCAGAAUUGAUCCAUAUGCCUAAGGGGUUGGGAAAGCUGACAAAUCUUCAAACAUUAAGCGUAUUUGUAGUCAGAGAGAAAAGUUCUCGAAGUAAAUUUGAGGCCAAUGAUGUAGGUGGAUUGGAAGACCUUAAGCACCUCAACCAUCUGAAGGGAGAGUUGAGUAUCCAGGUGUGUAAGCAGCCAAAGGAUAUUGUGUUGGGAGCUAGGAUGGCAAACUUGAGAAGAAAGGAGAAGCUCAUAGACUUGUCUAUUGAUUUUAGGGAUAGCACAAAAGAAGAUGAGGCGGUGCUAGAAGGCCUUCAACCACAUGCCAACCUAAGAUAUCUAAAGAUCCAGGGUUAUGGCGGGGAGAGAUUACCAAGCUGGAUGAUAAAUGAUAAUCUCCAUUGCAGGCUUCCAAAUUUGAUUCAAAUCAAGAUAUUAAAUUGUAAAAGCUGCAGAUACCUUUGUCACUUGGGAAGGCUCCCUUAUUUAAAAGUCCUAUUUCUUGAGGGGCUAGAUAAUGUGGAGUACAUAGAGAAGUAUACUAGUAGUAGCAGCAAUAGUGCUAAUGACAAAGGCUCAACUCCUGAGUCCUUAUUCCCCAGCCUAGAUACAUUUCGGCUUAAGGGCAUUCCCAAGUUGAAGGGAUGGUGGAAUAUGUCGUCGAUUGGAGACCAUGAUUUAAGACAGCACCAUGAUUUUCAAUAUCAGAAUCAUCUGACUGUAUGGAGGCCUGCAUUUCCUAAACUGAAGGCCCUGACAACAGACAGCAUAGAGUUGGCAAUUACAAUAGCCAAGGGGCCAGGAUUUGCUUCUCUUGAACAUCUUUAUAUUAAGCACAAUUCAAGAGCGUCUCUACCUUUGUGUCAACAACAAACACCAACCCCCCUGAAUACUUGCUUUCCCAACCUCCGUUGCUUGCAACUUUCAGGUAAUCCGGAGAUAGAAGCUCUCCCUGACGAGAUUCAAGACCUUUUCUAUCUUGAAUACCUGCGUAUUGACAACUGUAAACAACUCAAGGCUAUACCAGAGUGGAUUGAUAGCCUUAGGUCCCUCACAAGCCUCUAUAUAUGGGAAUGCCCCAGACUGGAAUCCCUACCGCAUCAGAUAAGCAAUCUCUCCAACUUGAGGUUACUCGGAAUCAGUAAAUGCUCUGCAGUGCUCACAGAGAAGUGCCUGUGCAAGAAUCCGACUGGGGAGUACUGGCCUUACAUUCAACAUAUUCCUUACAUAAACAUACGACUUUCUAAUCAGAAUCCAACUGGGGAAUACUGGCCUUACAUUUAAGUAUUUAACAUAUCCCUUAAGUAGUUACGGACAUACGCCUUUCUAGUCCUACAGCUGAUGCUUAAUUAUCUGCUUACUGUUCUCUGUUGUGUCAACCCAAAACCUUCAGAUAUGAGAAUGCAGUUAGUUUCUGAUUAUAAGUGUGUAUUUGCUAAUCUAGAAAUCUGCAAAUAUAUUUCACUACCUGCGUUUU